UAUAUUGGCAUACUGGUUAUCGAAUGCCUCUACUCUUUUGCUUCUUCUUCAGUGAACUUUGAAACCAAGUGGGUCAGCAUCUGGAAUGGCCCCACAAAGUUGUCGAUUAUCAGCUACUCGUUUUGGGAGGGUGACUUCUAGUUUCCAUGGGACCCUUCAAGGAAUCGAACUUCCUUCAUUUGUGGAUGGUGAUUUGAGUAGUGGAGUUGAAGCUGGUUAUACCAAAGUGGAAGCCAAGUAUCCAACUUUUCUUUUUAAGCAACAGUUAACAACAUAUGUUGAAAAGAUAUAUGGAACAAUUCGAGAUAAUUUGAAAAAAGAAAUAUCCCUGUCACUCAGGAUGUGUAUUCAGGCACCGAGAAUUUCGAGAGCCAGCCUGGUGAAAGGAUCCUCGCAUACGGUUUCCAAUUCAGCUCAACAGACACUGAUUGCUCAUUGGCAAGGAAUUAUGAAGAGUCUUGGAAGUUUCUUGAAUGUUCUAAAAACAAAUAAUGUUAGUGUGAUUUUUGUUUGUUUUUUUUUUGUUUUUUUGUGUUUAUUUAUUUUUUCUAUUUCUAACCUUUUUGUGAAAUGCUUUUAGGUUCCACCGGUUUUGGUGCGUAAAGUUUUCUCACAAAUAUUCUCGUUUGUGAAUGUUUAGCUAUGUAACAGGUAUAUUAUUAUUUGUAUAGUGUAUUCUUUUUUGAUGUGAAUAUAAAAUAUGAUUAUGGGCGUUCGGUCUUUUUUUUAUUUUUUUUAUAAAAUGCAGUCUACUUUUGAGACGUGAGUGUUGUUCAUUUAGCAAUGGUGAGUAUGUGAAAGCAAUUUUGGCUGAACUAGACCACUGGUGUUUUAACGCAACUGAUGAGGUAAUUCUGGAGUGAUAUAUUCUUUCACUGGAAUGGAAUUAACGAUUCCAUUCCUUCCUCAAUUCCAUCAUGCCAAACACUAUUUUGUAUUUUUAUUUGCUAAACAAAAGGA